GGGCGGGCCCGUGCGUGUUUCCGGCUCCGCUGCGGAAGGCCGGCGAGGGGAGCCGUUGGGCCGGACGCGAACCGUGCGGAGCGCGGGCGUCGCCGAGCGCGAGUGCGGAGCCCGGAGCGCGGCGCGAUGGGAGGGGAGCAGGAGGAGGAGCGCUUCGACGGCAUGCUGCUGGCCAUGGCGCAGCAGCACGAGGGCGGCGUGCAGGAGCUUGUGAACACUUUCUUCAGCUUCCUUCGGCGCAAAACAGACUUUUUCAUUGGAGGAGAAGAAGGGAUGGCAGAGAAGCUUAUCACACAGACUUUUAACCACCACAACCAGCUGGCACAGAAGGCCCGGAGAGAGAAGCGAGCUCGGCAGGAGACUGAGCGCCGGGAGAAGGCAGAGCGGGCGGCGAGGCUGGCCAAGGAGGCCAAGGCAGAGACCCCUGGGCCACAGAUCAAGGAGCUGACUGAUGAGGAGGCAGAGAGACUGCAGCUGGAGAUUGACCAGAAAAAGGAUGCAGAGAAUCAUGAGGUCCAGCUCAAGAAUGGCAGCCUUGACUCACCAGGGAAGCAGGAUGCUGAGGAGGAGGAAGAGGAGGAAGAUGAGAAGGACAAAGGAAAGCUGAAGCCCAACCUAGGCAAUGGGGCUGACCUGCCCAACUACCGCUGGACCCAGACCCUUUCGGAACUGGAUCUGGCAGUGCCCUUCCGAGUCAGCUUCCGGCUGAAGGGGAAGGACGUGGUGGUGGACAUCCAGCGGCGGCACCUCCAGGUGGGCCUCAAAGGGCAGCCCCCGGUGAUCGACGGGCAGCUCUACAAUGAGGUGAAGGUGGAGGAGAGCUCCUGGCUCAUCGAGGAUGGCAAGGUGGUGACGGUGCAUCUGGAGAAGAUCAAUAAGAUGGAAUGGUGGAACCGCUUGGUUACCAGUGACCCCGAAAUCAAUACCAAGAAGAUUAACCCUGAGAACUCCAAGCUGUCAGAUCUGGACAGCGAGACUCGCAGCAUGGUGGAAAAAAUGAUGUAUGACCAGAGGCAGAAGUCCAUGGGCUUGCCCACCUCUGAUGAGCAGAAGAAACAAGAGAUCCUGAAGAAGUUCAUGGAUCAGCACCCAGAGAUGGAUUUCUCCAAGGCCAAAUUCAACUAGCUUGUUUGCCUUCCUGAACUCUUGUGAUUGAGCCCCUAGCCACUCAACCUCCUUUCCCUUUUCCUGGGACCAGGGAACCUUAGGGCUGGGGCAGGCAGAGGACUUCCAGGCAUGAGAGCUCCAGGGUUUCACUGGGGAAGGGCUGGGUGUUGGGGAUCUUGUCCUCCCCAUUUGGCCUGUUACACAUUAAAACUAUUUACCCUGCUCCACCUGUGUUCUCCCUCUACACCCUCCCUGGCUGCGGCUGGGAACUGGGGUUUUGGCAUUCAGUCUGCUAGGGCAGGUUUUUGACUCUCUGGAUCUCGGCUUCUCCCUUUAGAGGGGACUAUGGCAAGGUUUUUAGGGUUUGAUUUUUAUUGUGUAUGUGCACAUAUAUGAAGUUCAGAGGACAGCUUUCUGGGUCAGCUCUCUUCAUGCUUGUGUAGGUUCCAGGGAUGGACCUCAGAUUGGCAGGCUUGUGCAGGUGCCUUCCCUCUGAGCCCCUCACCUGCCACGUGGUUCUGAGCAAAGGUGUCUUUCUGGCCACUGAUUCCCAUUAGAUGUUAUCCGGAGCCCAGUCCCAGCAUUCCAACUGGACUGUCUGCUAGAAAGCCUAGGUGACAUUGCCUAGGUGUGGGAGAUGGGAGGACAGGGUACAGUCCAGAGGAGCCGCACUGUCUUUCCCUGCUCCUCCUCACAGCCAGUACCUAUGCAGUAAAGGGCCCAGAGGCACUUCUGCUCAGAUCUGGCCUUUGGGGAAUCUGUAUUCACCAAAGGGUGGAGGCCACUGACUGCAGGGGUUGUGCGAUUAAAAAAGUACCUGUCUCGAUAGACCCUUUUCUGGGAAGGCAAACUACUUCACACAGAGCUGUUGGAAAAUUGGUUUCUAGGCCAGGGCUGAGUUUAGGGACUGUUAAGUCUUACUCUGGUUUCCCCUCUCCUGUAAUCUUUUCCUUUAAAAAAAAUAUACAUUUAUUGAAAGUGAA